AUGGCUGAAAAAGAAUUUUUUUAUGGAACUUCACUGACUUUAGAAUCAAUGAAAGUUAUUGCGGAGAGUAUCGGAGUUGGUAACCUACCAGAUGAGGCUGCUAAAGAUCUUGCUGAGGAUGUCAGCUGUCGACUCAAACAUAUUAUUCAGGACGCAGCAAAUUUUAUGAGGCACGGAAAACGCAAAAAAUUGCUGCCCCAUGACAUAAACCGAGCAUUGAAGAUCAAAAACCUUGAACCAAUCCUCGGAUUUAAUGGCAAAGAGAACGUUCCAUUUCAAAGCAAGGAACCUGAAAUUAUAGCAAGCGAUUCUCAAGAAGCCGAGCUAAAUCCCAAACCAAAGCUGACAAAAAUAAAAGAACCCAGUGAAAUAAUAAAAAAACCCCAAAAGCUCCGUAGUGUUGAAACAGUCCAAGUCAAAGAGCUGGCAGUUCAUGAGCUGAGUGUGGAGCAGCAGCUCUACUACCAGAAAGUAACAGAAGCCUGUAUGUCUAAUAACGAGAAACUACGAGCCAGUGCUCUCCAGUCGCUCUCAGUGGACCCAGGUCUCUAUGAGAUGCUCGCCAGGAUGUGCACAUUUGUUGCCGAAGGGGUUAAAGUCAACGUUGUUGACCACAAUCUUCCAUUCUUGAUCUACUUAAUGAGAAUGGUGAAGGCGCUGCUGGACAAUCCGAACUUGUACCUAGACAAAUACCUCCACGAGAUAAUUCCAGCUGUUAUGAGCUGCUUGGUAGCCAAGCAACUGUGUGUUAGGCCUGAGAUUGACAAUCAUUGGGCACUACGUGACUUUGCUAGCCGGGUUUUGAGUCAAAUUUCCAGGAAUUUUAAUAAUUCUGCUAAUAAUAUUCAAAUGAGGAUCAUUGGGGUUCUUAGUCAAGCUUUGACGAAUAAUCAAACUUCUUUAGCGUCGCUUUACAGUGCAAUUGUUGGCUUGUGCGACUUGGGACUUAAAGCUAUUAAAAAUUCCGUAAUACCAAACAUUAAAUUCAUCUCCAGGCGCAUUGAGAUCACUUUAGAAGAAGCUUCUGCUAGUGAUAGUAAUGCUGCUGGACGUAUCAAGAACGCUUUAUUGAUAUUUAAAUUUCAUUUUUCUCCACAGAAAAAUGUGAUUCCGAUACUGAAAAUAGUAAGAUCACCGCCAGACUUUUUAGAAGAAUACAAACAAGAUUAUGGAUACCUAGGUCAAAUAUUAUACUCAGCUAUUGCUAAGUCUAGAGCUCAACCCUUUAAGACUGUUAUCAAUGCUAAUCAGCAACAACGAAGUUUUAGUAUUAAUAAAAAUCAAAAUCAAAGUUUUGUUCAAUAUGUGCAAAAUAGUCAGACUGUAAAUUCACCUCAAGAAGAAAAGUCUUAUAAUUUUGAUUCAAAAUCUGAAACACCGAGCACGUUUGAACAUCAAGAAGAAAUUUAAAAUUUUUUUGGUAAUUAUUAAA